AAAACUCUCACUCUCAUUUUCACAAACUCACAAGAACUUCACAUUUCAGAACAAGGAGGAACAAAAAACAAUGUUUGUAUUAUCAGUUUUGUUCCUGUUGGGGACGCUGUUUCCCUGUGGUCAUGUGGAGGCCCAAUCCACCACCAUUCAGUUUCUGAAAGAGGCCGCAUUGAAAUGGACAGGGACUCUGACCUGCGACCCGUGGGACUGCAAUUGUACUUUCACUAAACAGCGUGGCUGCUGCUGUGCAGCCAAUGAAAUGUACCAAAUAGAACAGGAUACCUUCAUAAGGAUUAAACAUCUGUGGUACUCUAUCAGCACACUGAAUAGCAGAGUACAGGAGGUCACAGCCGGUGCCAAGGUUUCCUUCAAAGCCAACAUGGACCCAAAUAUUGCCAUCGCAAUUCCUGGAUCUAAUGAGCGUUGCUUUGGUCCUUUCAACACUAAUGUGCCAAUCCCCUAUGCAAUUGUCAGUCUUAAUGAUGGUUAUGGAUAUAACCCUUCCUUGGGUGUCUUCACUGCCCCAUGUGCUGGUGUUUAUCUCUUUUCCUUCACAGUCUACUCAUACGUGUCAAAAGGGGAGCGCCUCUACCAUAAAGUUCAGCUGAUGAAGAAUGGGAUGAUGGUGGUCAGCGUGUGGGAGAACAAUCGAGAGGAUGGUGAAGACAGUGGCACUCAGGUUGUGCAGCUGGAGAUGAAGAAGGGUGAUCAGGUCUACACGGAGCUGAUGUCUGGGAGGAAGCUCUGUAACGAACUGCAGUACAAUAUCUUUACUGGUUACAUCCUGUACCCCCAUAUCAAUGAGUAACACAUCAGCUGGAGAUCCGGGCAACUUAAACUCUCUGACUCCAGGACCUUUUAUGAAUCCAUUUAUCCUCAUUCAACUGAGAUCCUAAUCGAUGAAAAUAAAUUAGUGUUCUUUGUCUCAUGUUGACCCACCAGAUGUAGGUUUGUGACCUAUCAUGGGACAAGACCCAUAGUUUAAGAACCCCUGCAGUAGAGAUAAACAAGAUAAGUCGU